GUUGAACUUCAAGUUUAUGUCACGUGCUCCGUGAGACUUGGAUUUCAGAACAGUUUCGGAGCUUUCGCGCUGAGACUCCAAGGUCAUGAUGCGAGAUCGGUUCGUUCACACAGACGCUGCACCCCCGCCAGAGGACGAGGUGAAUGGGGAAUGGGAAUUCAAGGCACUCAAAGCUAAACGAUUCGACCAGUCAUCGGGAGUAUGGAAGUACAGGGUCGCAUGGAAGCCAACCCUUUAUCAACAGGACGGCCGAACUUGGGUCAAGUGUUGGUGUAAAUAUUUUGGUCGCUUUGAAAGUUCAAUUUUACCGGCCGAAUAUUGACCUUGUGCACUUUUGGUUUACAGUGGAUACUUGGGAACCUGCCGAGAAUAUCCCCAAGGAAUUCCGGGAUGAAUUCAACGACCUCUCUAUUGUGGACGACGAGGAGGUCAAGCUGGACAUGGCGCACUGUGCAAACUGCGAUCAGCGCCUUGUAUCGCAUGAUCUGAAGCGACGAUCGCGGGCUGUAGAUGGUGUACUUUGCUACAAUUGCAAUGCCUCCCUUGUGCGGACGGGUAGGCUUCCAUUGUUAAAAAAAAAGGAUCCAAGUAAAAAGAAGUCGAUGACGAGGAUGAAUGGAGCGUUACAAUCUGGGAAACCCUCUACAAGUCUGGUCCCAACUGGAUCAAGUACUACGAAACGAUCUCAGGACAUGGAUCUUGAUAUCAAAGCCCGUCGUCUUGCUGCAAAGGCUGGCUCGAAGAUUCCUGACAGAAAGUCCCAUGCUAGUGGUAGCACGUCGCCACAGCGUCGGCCCUUGAAACGUGAUAGGAGCCCCGAUCGCUCGGCAAGUCCUGAGAGAAAACGCUUGAAGAAAAGAACAGGAACUGGCGCCAUUGAAGUUCCAGUGGAUGAAAUCAUGGAAAAGUACAAACCGAGUGUACCUAGGGGAGUCUUCAAUGCUCACUCAGACGCUGUUAGUGUCAAACUCAAGAAUAUCUGGUCUGGCGACGUGGCUCAGUCUGAAUCGCAUGACUGGAACCUAUCUUUCUUUGAUGACGUGAACAAGACGCUCAAAAGCAUUGAUCCUUCUGGAAAAAAACCUUCUACCUUGAAGAAUAGUCUGUCGCGUAGCACAGCAAGCAAAAAAAAGGCGGUUGCUGCUCAGAUAAAAGGACAUCUGAGUACGGCCGUACAAGUUCCACAAGCAGUUAUUCACAAAAGCAAAGAAGAAAGCCCAUCUGGAUAUGGCAAGAGGCAGCCAUUGACAAAAACAAGAGUAUCUGCGAUGGACGACGUGGAAACGGCGGCGAUCAAGAAGAAAAAUCUUCAGGGCAACCCAGAGGUUGUCUGCAUGUGGAAUGGCUGUGGAACAAGGUUUCGGUCUCAAGAGGAGCUGGCUACUCAUUGCAAGGCUGUUCACUUUAAUGUACCCUAGUGGAUGGUGUUGCGUAAUAGGGCACUUAUUUGUAAAUAUUCAAUAGCAGAUGAAAUAUAUAUUGACCCAUGUUCGUGU